AGAGAGAUAUAUAAACCUUCCACUCCAUCAUUCUUUCCUAUUCGUUCCAUUCAUUUAUUCAACAUUCCAACGACAUGUGCCACGAUGACUGGGUCAAGGUCGCCAUGGCCGACGAUUCCCUCGUCGUCCACCUCCUCCUCCGCCUCCACCGCCCUCCGCCCCCACCCUCUCUCCACCUUCACUGGACCGUGCGUCAGCGCCGCUCCGCCCCUCGCAACAAACCCGACUCCACCAGGGCCAGCCCCACCACCCCCCUCUCCUGGAGCGGUGCCACGUCGGCAAGCGGCGGCGCCGUCGAUGGCUACGAGGAGUCCAGCCUCCCAACCAAACUCCCCCAAACCUCGAGAUCUAAGGUUGCUAAAUCAAGUGAAACAGCCACUACCAAAAAGUCAAGAAGAAAAAAGACUUUGGCUGAGCUAAGAGAAGAGGAGAAUUUGUUGUUGAAAGAAAGAAGAAGUUUGAAAAAUGAGCUGGCAUCUUUGCGCCUCACUGUUGAUAAACAUAGAGCCACAAAUGAAAGCUUAAAGAAAAUGAAGCUUGAUUUGGAGUCACGGCAGAACUCCAGUGCAGGUACGACCUCUGAGGUGUCUGGGAAAGCUGUCUAUGGCCAAUCUCAGUUUGUAAAGGCAGAGUGUCUACCAUCUGAUUCAGUUUGUCCUAAAACUGUUACACAUCAGGUUCUUGAUGACAAUUCACCUGUUAAUGCAGCAAAUGCUUCUCCCAAAGCACAAGAUAUUGGUAAUCAAGAAUCUACAUUCGAUCUUCCUGAUCUAAAUUUGCCUGUGGAGGAGGAUUUCAGCCCCAAUGCAUGGAACAUGCAUUGAAUUAGCCAAUAAAGGAUAAGAUCUCCAGUGAUAUUCUGCAUACUGAUUAGUUCCACAUCAUCUUGCAAGUAUGCGUAAUAGUAAUAGUAUAAGGUAUAGAACGUCAGUCCUAACAAACUAGGUUUUGCUAAUGUAAUUGUAGAUGUUAAACCCCAUUCACUUUUCCAACUCGGUCAAAACUGAUGAGGAAAUUGUUUUUUGAUUCACCAAGGUACUGAGGGUAGUGUAGAAAUCCUAACACACCAAGCUUAGUUCCAUUCUUUUUUUCUUCACAGGUUUCUACAUUGUCCAAAAUUAUUUGUGGCAACCCUCUAUCCUCCUUUAUCAUAGAAAUAUUUUCUGAUAAAUGUAAUUACGUGUUCUAUAGAUAAUUCAAGAAUUUUGGU